AAAAAAGAGACAGAGAGAGCAGGAGGGAGGAGUGGGAGAGAGGAGGAGAGAGGGAGAAAGUGAGCUCACGUUCACACAUUGGGGAAGAGGCUGGUCUUGCAAUGCCUUUGAAUAUUUUACUUUUCGGCAGUUUCCCAUCAGUCAGCCGCACGCACCCAGGCUGAGCUGAGGCUCGCCACAGCCAUGGGCAGCACGGGGAGACCUGAGGUCUAACCGCAGGCACCCGACCUCGGGGAUAUUCUCUAAAAGCACACAGACAGGCAGGCAGGCAGCGCACGCUGCGCUCGCACAGCCGGCAGAGCCGCCAGCGCCCGCGCGGCCUCCGAGCAGACACCUUUUCUCUUCUCGCAGGAGAUCCCCGCGCACACUCACACGCAUCUCCCCGAGCCUCCUCCUGGCUUCCCGGAGGAUCGUGCCGGCUGCUUCCCAUGGAGAAAGUCCAGGGAGAAAUGGAGAUUGAGAGGUGGGAAAGAAGUGAAGAGAUCUCGGAGGCGGAAAAGAAGGUGAUUCAAGAGACAUGGAGCAGAGUAUACGCAAACUGCGAGGACGUUGGGGUCUCCGUGCUCAUCAGGUUUUUUGUCAACUUCCCGUCGGCCAAGCAGUACUUCAGCCAGUUCAAGCACAUGGAUGACACGCUGGAGAUGGAGAGGAGCUUGCAGCUGCGUAAGCACGCCCAGCGGGUCAUGGGGGCCAUUAACACUGUGGUGGAGAACCUCAACGACCCGGAGAAGGUCUCCUCUGUCCUGGCCCUGGUGGGCAAGGCCCACGCCCUCAAGCACAAAGUGGAGCCCGUCUACUUUAAGAAACUCACUGGUGUCCUGCUGGAGGUCAUCUCCGAGGCGUAUGGCAACGACUUCACCCCGGAGGCGCACGGUGCCUGGACCAAGAUGCGGACCCUCAUCUACACCCACGUCACGGCGGCAUACAAGGAGGUGGGCUGGGCGCCGUACCCCAACGCCACCCUGUGAGGGACAGCGGGCACGGGCGAGGCGCGGGGAGGGGGUCGCUCACGCCAGGACCCCGCUCUGGUCUCUUCUCAAAGAUCUUUCGCUCAGUCUGGGGAGCCCAGCGGGGCCGGCUCCGGGAGCUGCCAAGUCAUAAUUUGAUCUCUAUAGGGUUUAAAAAAAAUAAUCACAACGACAAGCCAAAAAGAACCACGAAGGGUGCGGGUGGGUCGGGGUGAAGCAGGGGGUGCGUUGGUUGUGGGCUCCAUCCUCCCAUCCCAGCCCGUCCACCACCGAAUCCUGCGCUCGCCGCUGCUGCCACCGCGUCCCUCGGGCGAGCUGUGCCGAAAGGCAGCAACACGCAGCUCACCGGUGGGUGAAACCACCCUCGCUGUCCAUGCAAAGCCCCUCGGGGAAACCCAGCUCCUUGCUUUUUUGGGAUCCCUGGCUGCCCUCCCCACCACUGUGCUUUGCUUUGCCUGCACUGCUCCCCGCAGCCUCGCAGGGCUGCCCCGUGCCCUCUGCAUCCCCAGGCCAGUGCUUGUUGCCCUCCUCACCCGCAGCUCUUGGCUGCCUGUUGCAGACCAUCCCAGGGCUGCAGGGAGCAAGGGGACGGAUGGAUGUGCCACUUGGCCCCGUUGGGAGAGAGAAAAGGGAUAGAUGGGGCGCCUCUGGGCGGGUGCAUGAGCCCACCUGCCUCCCUGCAGCUCCCACGGGGUCGAUGCUGAUGGCAGGGAUGUGCGUGAGGAUGGGUUCAGGUGGCACGUGUUGUGCCUUGGCCGCUGCCCACAGCCCUGGUGGCUUGUGUCUGUCUGUCCGGCAGGAACGUGGGGCGAGAAGGGGAAUUUGGGGAAUUGAGGGAGGGGAAAGAUGAAGUGGCUGCAGCAGGGGGGAUUCCUGGGGGUGAAGGAAGGUCCCUGCCCUGUUAAAAUCAAAGCUUUUAUGUAAUGAAUACUCCUGCCCUCUUGGUGAGACUGGGCUCCUCCAGAUGAAGUGCCUGGUAGAAAUCUGGCCAUGCAGGAGGACCUCGUGGGCCCAGCAGUGCUCCCACCCAUCCCGGCAGAGGGCUCCCCAUGGGGCAGCCCCGUUACCUCCUGCACACGUGUUAGCUUUAUAGGGUGCUUGGGGACCGGCUGGUGGGAGUUUGGGGUUGGAGCAUCGUAUUUAGCUAGGAAGCUUUGGCAUCCUUGCCACCUGGUACUGCCCAAACUGUCCCUUACAUUUAAAGGCAAUGUCACCUAUCUAAGUUUGUGUGGGUGGGCAGCCAGGAAUUCCUGCUCUGCUCGCCCACAGCUGGCUCUUCUCUUCUUUUAAACACCCACAGGGAAUCCUCUUUGCUUGUGUUGUUCAGGGUGUUUUGCUGCCUAAAUGGUGACAUGCCCUGGCCUUUCCCCUAACAAGCUGGACACGAUCUGGAGAGGUCCCUGGGGCUCCUGUGCCUGCCAGCCCUGUGUGCCUGUUCCUACAGAUGUUUUGGGGGUUUCCCCUUCCUCCCUUCUCUGGCUGUAACAGGGUUUAGCCCUGGGUAGGUGGGAGCCCACACAGAGGGGCAAACACCAGCUCUGGAGGCUUUCUCGUAUCCUCUGAGCUUGGUUAUGUGCAGCCUGGAGUUUGUCCUAUUGCCCCCUGGCUUUAGGCAAAGGGGAAUUUGGGGAGGACCCAGAGCCCCUUGGUUGUGCUCCCGCACCUUCCUGGCUCGCAGCCUGUCCUGGGCUGUGAAGGGAGCCAGCAGGAGAGCCUUUGGCCUCUCAGAGAGGCAGAGUGAGGGGGGGAGAAAGCUGCCAGGAGGAGGAAGAGGAGGAUUUCCACCGAAGAGCAGGAUCCCAAAGUCUGCCUGAACCAGGGAGGCACACUGCAGCCUGAAAGCAGCCUUAGGAAGGUGGGCAUGGGGCGAGGAGGGGCCCUGCCCCCGAAGCAGGGUCCCUGACAGUCGGCAUCCCUGAAUUUUGGCCCACCAACGUGCACCCCUAAAGGUGCCAGCGCCUUCUGGCUCAGCUCUGAGCAUCCAAGCAGCUGCUCACCACUUGCAGAGGCACCUUUCAACCAUCAGCUGUGCUCGCAGCUGGCUGCUGUCAGGAUCAGGCCCUGGCAGAUGGGAAAAGACCUGGUCAGUCACAGGCUUUGCUCCAGCACAAAGCAGAGAGCAAUCACUUGGAUUGGGACUGAAAGUUUUUUUUGUGCGUGCAUCACCAGGCUCUCACAAGUGCAGUUGCACUGACCUCUGCCAAAUCCUCGGGGCCAGCCAGGCGUGUUUUUGCCGAGUUCAGUACUCUCCGUGCUCUGUGGAUGCCGGGCUGUAUGGGGAUGUUUCAUCUUUAGACAAAAGUUCACGUGUUAACCUUUGAGGUUAAUAUUCUUCAGGCAGAAAUUUUAUUUUUGGGUGGAAACCUUUCCUCUGCUCUCCCUUCCCUCAACCAAAACCAGGCUAAGCUGUGGCCCUGCAGAAAUCAGAGAAAAUUUUUCCAGCUAGAAAGAAAUGGGGGCGUUUGCUCCGUGGCUGGGCUUGGGGAUGGGGAUGCUCUACCGAGUGCCAAGGGCCCCUCUCCAUCAGCUCCAGCUAGAUGUGGUUUGAGGGGAGGUGACGGUGGGGAGGCCACCAAGUCCCCGUGUUCACUUCUGAUCCACCUGCGUGCCCGGGCUUUGGGGGAGCAGCCAGGAGCAGUGAGGUCCCCACGCCUCAAAGCCAUUGACCAGGUGCCUGCAGGGACCCUCGUGUCUGCCCCAGCUCCUGGUGAGACUUCGGGACCCCAGGGGUGGCUCAGGCUGGGGACAGCCCUGUCCCCAAGGGCUUGGACAACCAUCUCUUAACGUGGCCAUCCCAGGUUAGGGAUGAAGUUAGGUGGGCUUGGGGUCUGAGCCUGGCUUAGCCCUGUCCCCACUGGUGCCCCCUGCUCUUCAGACAUCACCCCCAGAGCUGCAGGACCUUGGGACAUUGUUUGGUUUCUUCUUUUUUUCCCCCUCUGUUUAGUUUAUUCUUUUUUUUCCCCCUCCGUGCCUGGAAAAACUGGCCCAUGGCUGCAUGUGUGCACGCAUGUGUGUGUUGGGCUUGUUUAUUUUCCAGACAUACUUUUCUAAACCAAAUCCAGAUGUGUACAGCUGCUAUCCCUCGAGGAUCCACCCCAUCAGCCAAAUUGCGAGCCACUCAAAUAUAUGCAAACAAAACAUGUUUAUUUUUACCAGCUCUGUAGGAAGUAAAAAUGAAGCGGGGAAGGUGGCCAGGGCAGAGCUCGCUUGGGGAAGAGACAGAGAUAAAGCGAACGCCCCCGCUCUGCCGCCCUCAGCAAAGCAGACAUGGCUUAAAUCGGGAAAAUUGUCAUCUGGGGAGAGAUGAAAAUGAACAGAAAAAGGAAAAAAUAUCAUUCCAGAGUGACAGAGGGAUGAAAAAUGCAGUGGGGAAGAGCGGAAAGGGAGGGCAGGGUUUGGCUCUCCAGUGUGCGCACGCGUGCGCAGCUGCUCGGUGUCACAGCCAGCUGGCAGAUGGUGGCCGUCCUGUCCUCCGGGAAGUGUGGCACUUCGCCUCCCCACGUGCCCCCGUGCCCCCCAUGAGCCUGCCAUGCUCAGAGCUGCCACCCCUGGCACUAGGGCAGGAUGUGGCCCCUCGUUCAUACAGCAGCUUGGUGCUGCUGGCUUAGCCUCAGCGCUAGGCUUGGACCUGUGAGCCAGUGGGAAGGGUUUGUGCCCCCAUUAGCAGGAUGAAUGCUGAGCUGGAGGGGUGGGAUUCAGCACCCCCAGGGCAGGACCUGGCCCCAGGCAUCUCCUCUUGGCUCCCUUUGGGGACACCCAACUUGUGUCCCCCUCCCUAGUUUGGCACAGCAUUUGGUCGGCUGGAGCUGGGCGCUCCGUGCCCAAGGACAGCGGGAGCGUUGGGUUCGGGAUGGGACACAGACCCCGUCCACCCCAUCCCCUCACCACCAUAGCUAGUGCAUACAUAGCUGCGUCUCAGUCACACCCAUGCCUAGAGAGAGAGACUCCAACUCCACCAGAGACAAGGAGCCCCGAGGACCUUGUGCCCCCUCCAUCACCUCCCUGCAGGGCCGGGGAGCCCGGCCACAUCCCUACCCUUGUGCUUCGAUCCAGCACAGGGGGCUGGGACCCCUUGCUCCCCAGGGACCUGCCCGGAGACUCCAGCAGGGACCAGAAUUUGGCCACCAGAGCUCAGCCCUGGUGUGCCGGUGCCCGUGCGAGGACAGCUCAGGGCCACCUGCGGCGGCACCGGGGAGGCAGGCGAGGACGGGAACGCAGCCACCGCACCGUGGACCGACUUCAGGAGGGAUAAAGCUGCCCGCGUGGCUCUGACCCGUCCAACGGGCUGCGCCGCUAACUAUUCUCCGUAGCUGAAGUUGUCUCUAAUCGUUAGUUUGUCCGAAGCCGUCCCCCAGUGACCCACAGACGUGAGCCGGCGCGCUCUGAUGUAGCUCUGUGUCUGUACCGUUACCGAUGCUGCUGCGGAUGCUCUUCAUGUACGUGUUUCUCGGCGCUUCCGUGCUGGUUUUAUACAUGCCGUCUAGUGUAUGAUGGAUGUAACUGUUUUUUUUUUUUUCCUUUUUGUAGGUUUUUAGUAUGUUUGUAACCAGACAGAAUGGUGUUAUUAAACUGAAACUUGUAUCUUCAGUGGAUAAAUCGAUCAAAACCC